CUACUGUCUUAGUUGGUUAAAGGUAGGGUAUUUCCAACUAUUUUACAAAUGGUUGCCUAUGUUUUGAAUUAUCACCAACCAUUUUCGAAAUAGUUGGUUAAAGGUAGAGUAUUACCAACCAUUUUUGAAAUAGUUGUUCAAGUUUGAUCUAUGGGCGACUAUUUUACUAUUAGUUGUGCAAGAGUUGGGUAUCAGCAACUAUUGUUUUAAUGGUAGGCAAAACCUAGUUAUAAGCAACCAUCUUUCCAUGGUCGCUGACAAAAUGGUAGCUGAAAACCUUUUUUCUUGUAGUGGCCCUUUUACCUUCCCUCAGAGCUCUCCAUUUUUUCAUCUCGCGAGUGUUCUUGCCUCGCUCUGGAAAUCUGAUGAUGAUAACCCCUGUUGAACUUUGGGUCUUAGCUCAUGCUACUCAUGGCAUCCCUCUAAACUAUGCUCCCUUGUUCUUUGGCUCUAUCAUCUCCUUCUGUGAACAUCUCUUCUCCUCUUCCGUUUGGCUGCCUCAUCACAUCUCUCCUUCUUCGCCUGCGGGUUAAUCUUCAUCCCUUCGCAACCAUCACCCCUUCCCUUUAUCUCAAUGCCGACGAUGUUAUGGAUCUUCUGGAAAUAGCAGUUGAGGGGGAGAAUGACGCCAACCACAUACUAGUUAUCAGCAGUGACUCCGACUCUGACUCGUCUAGCAGCAGCUCGGAUGAUGCACCAGAAUUGGAGUCGUUUGCUGCCGCUCUUCGUGCUCUUUAUGGAUCUGAUUCAGACAACGAAGAAGCAUAGUAUCAGAAAGGAGCAAGUUAUUUCCUUGUAGAGAUUAUCCUUAGGGGGAGGAGUUCGUUUUUAUCAUUGAUUGACUUUCUGCUGUGGUUCCUUGUGUGAGCUUGUGGUUUGCCUGACCUGCCUGUGGUCGUGAAUAGUGUUUUUGAAUGUUGGAUGUAUGUUGGAUGAUUCCUGGUUUGCCCGACCUGGCUGUGGUCUGAAUGGUUGUUAUUUAACUGAAUGUUUGCUUUAAUCUAGUUAAGUUAUUUUCUGCUUUGAUGUCACUCUGUUGGGUGGAGAUAGUUUGUUAAUUCUUGCAGGGUCGAUAGGCAACUCGCUAUUUCCAACUUAGGGGGAGAUUGUUGGAGAAUGGAAAGUCGGAAAUCACUCGAAGGAAAUCAAGCCAGCUGCAAAAGUUUCCUAAACUGCAAAAAUUACCUUCCUUGAAGAAAUUCAAAAGCAACGGUCGACCAGCAAAGGGUAUUUAUACCUUUCAUGAAGAACAGUGAUAGGUGCUUUUUGCAAGAAGUGGUAUAGGGCUGAUUGCAUAGUGGGUUAAUCAACAGAGGCACAGGAUCUGUUUGAUUAAUGGUGUAACGGGUCUGGGAUUGGGAUCCGGGUGACUUUACAUUGCUUUCGUUUUGUUGUUCUUGAGUCUGGUAUUUUUAUCUUCUUGCUUGAUAGUUUAAAUCAAUAAAAAUCAGAGUCACCUAGAACUCAGUGAAGUACUGAGUCUAGGACGAGGACGUACCCGGUAGAUUGGGGAACCUUGUUAAAAUUCGUUUGUGUCCUCUCCUCUGGCUGUGCUACUCUGUUUCUGCCUUUCCUCUGUUUUUGUUCUCUGCAACUGCUCGAGGCUCUCUUCACUCUGAGGAAGAAGAUGAUCGCCUCUCUGUCCAAAUUAUGGGCUGAAGAUAGCAGACUUUAGUUUUUGUCCAUUUCAUUUCAAUUAUCCGUUAGUGGGCUUGUGAGACAUUUUGGGCCCAAUCUGGAAAUACAAGAAAAGAGUCACAGAAAGAGAAUUGAUCUCUUCGUGUCUCCUGGUUCUCCUUCAUUUCCAUUUUCCCCAAAUUCUCUCAAACCCUAAUUCAAUUCUGCCCUCCUAAUCUGACUAAUAUUUCCUUCCUGCAUCACUUCGUCUUUUCUCUGCUUCUAAUUGGUUGAAUCUCUCACCAAUUAUUCCUUCGAUUUAGUUCUUUCAUUUUUGUUGCUCUUCUUUCUGAUUGUCCAUCGUAAUCUCUUUAUGAUUUCUCUACCUCUCUGAUUGUUGAGAUAAACGCAGAACCCUAAUUUCUCUCUCGAUUGCAUCUCUCUCUGUCUAACUUUUCAAUAUUUUGGUGUUGCGAAAAUCAAUCCUCGGAUUCCUACUACAUCGCUAAUGGCAGUUCCAACUCUACAACCGGUGAUGCCUCUCACAAAUGCAAACUAUCCUUCCUUGGUGAGGUCCAUGAGCACAAGGCUGAUGAGUACACGAUUUUCUGACCGUCUGGAUCAUUAAACUAAUUUUGGUUAU